AUGCUUCCAGCUCAGAGGAAGAAGGUCGACAUCAGCAGCCUGACGGAAGAGGAGCAGAAGCUCUUCCGUCUCUACGGCAAGCUGCCAACCCACAAGAACGUCUUGACGAAGAUGCAGAAGGAUCGCAAGUACUUCGACUCUGGUGAUUACGCUCUAUCCAAGGCCGGCGUUGCCCCCCAGAACGCCGUCGGUACAUCAAUUCCCACCCCGGAGAACAUCCCGCACGCGACCUCGCCCCCCGCACAUGGCCUCUCCAUCUCGCCGAACGGCGCGCCCAACCAUCAGAUGCCCCACCGCGACUCGAACGCAUCGACCUCGCCCGUCCGCGAAAGCCACCUGGCGCACUCCUCGCAAGUCGCGGAAUCCGAAGCUUCGGAGGCGCCCGCUGCCGAGACGGCCGCACCCGUCGAAGUUGCGGCACCCGCUCCUGUCGCGGCGGAGGCGCCCAAGCCCGAUGAGCUCAUGGCCACCGAGUGA